CAACCCGGACGUUAUUUAUAUUUUACUCACAUUGCGAAAGGCACAUGCGCGUUUGAUGGGGAAGAGCUAAUGCCCCGGUGGAAAAACUGGGCGGAUCUUUUCAUAACAUAGCUACAUAUCUCCAUAAUCUGGGGUUGGAGUGAUCCCGGGCAAGAUAACUCUGUCAGUGUGUUGUUAUCUAAGGGACGUAUCAUUGCACAGGCCAACGUGUGACCAAGUCAUAGUUCAGUAUGUGAAAAUACAUAUUGUCUCACAGAUAGAGUUAUCAGCCGAGGGUGAUGCCAAAAACUAUGUCUGCCACUUUGGACCCAGGUGAUUUAUUUACAUCUACGUCAUAAUAGAAGCUUUGUCAGCUGUUCCGGGGUUGUGUAGGCCUAUGCAGUUGUCAGUAGAAUGUCGAGCGUUGAAUACACGCGGAUAUAGACUGGCUUUAUAACGUGUCAGAAAAUAGACCAUGCAAAGCCCGGUUUAGGCGGUGAUAUGGUUUUAAGCUCAGUCAAGUGUACUGCGUUUGUGGACUUUUUUACACAGGAAGUUUUAGUUGUCAAAGUGCCAAUACUAUUCGGUAGAAAUCUAAAGCAGCCAGUUGACUAACAGGAGAACUUAUGUGUGUAUGGACGCCUGAAUUAACGUCUUCACGGGCACUGUCCGACCUGUGAACUGAUAUUGCGACAUAUACAGCCCCAGUGGAGUUAUACAGUAUCCACUACCAGCCCCGUGUGUAAGCACAUUCGCACUUAAAAGCUGUUACUCUAAAUGACUCAAACAGGCAUUAGGCCUACACAGCCCAGCACUAUACUGCGGCUCGGUGAGCAGAUGGCGGGUCACGCUCAGAGCGGAUAUAUUAGCAGAUAUGUUCAAUGCCCAGUUCGUCGUUGAGGCUUAGCUGAACAACAUGGCUAGAAUGGUUCAAUUCUUCUUUUUAGUAAUAACACUACUGAUUUUGAUGACUGGAGGGCAAGGAAGACUGUAUCCCCAUGGAAGACCGGAGAAUUCACAACGAUAGGACCUUCUAAUGUGACGAUAGCUGAUUCGACCAACGUAACUCAUGUGAAGAUCGAAGGCUUAACGUUCUGGAUCGAAUCCAGGGAUGUCAUGACUUAUAUGGACGAAGAAAACCACGGUGCUUCUAAACUAUUCCGUAAAUUGCUCAGUUCUGCCCUUGGACAACUAUGACUUCGAGGUCAGAGUAACUGACAGUACUGUUAUCAGCAUAACGAUAGUGAAACCAUCAAUCACCAACGAUGUUGUUGUUGAAUGUACCCAGAAGGCUGGGAAUGGCGGCACAUUAUCAGGGAGUAUCGCGGUUACUAUGGAAGGACGUUUACCGGGACGCUCGCUUCUUAUUAUAGACGCUGUGUCGAAGAAUACCACAGGUCCAUUAAACCCAUUUCAAAUAUCAGCGAAAAAUACCUCCAGCACAGAAUACCAGUACUUUAGUAGUGGCAAUGUGUCACUGGCUCAUUUACUACCGUUUGCUACAUCAGCCGCCAACUCGUCGGACGUAGGGCAGGAUUAUUUUCCCGCGAAGCUACACGUUAUUUGCAUGAAGAAGCAGACAGCCUUGGAUACUGUGUUCAAGGCACUGAUGGUGUUAUUCUUGAUUUGUCUUAUGGUUGCAAUGGGUUGCAAAACAGAACUGCAAGUGCUGAGGGAGGUUUGGCACAGACCCAUCGCUCCGCUCAUUGGGCUCGCUUGCCAGUUCUUCCUUAUGCCUCUGAUAGCAUUUGGCUUAACCAUGGCAGUGCACUUCCCCUCGGAGACGAUGGCCCUGGGGUUUUUCGCCUGUGGCUGCGCACCCGGAGGAGGAGCCAGUAAUUUCUAUGCUUACCUCCUAAACGGGGAUGUUUCCUUAUCAGUUACCAUGACGACCAUAAGUAACAUUGCAGCUAUUGGUACCUUUCCACUCUGGAUCUUCACCUUGGGACGCUAUGUCCUAAAAGACCACUCACAAAUCAAGAUUCCUUACGUCAACAUAAUCAUUUCCCUUUUGAUGAUAGCCAUUCCUCUGUCCAUUGGAAUUGCCUUGAAGCACAAGAGACCGACUCGCACUCAAUCUUUGGUCAGGGUUCUGAUACCUCUGACCAUAUUCCAGCUUGUAAUCGUAUCCGCCAUGGGUGUCUACUUGAAUAUUUACAUGUUCAAAUUAAUCACACCAGCGCUGUUAAUUGCCACUUUUCUGCUGCCCAACUUGGGCUUUGUCAUCGGUUUUAUUUUAGCGCGAAUCUUCAAGCAAAGCUGGAAAUUUUCAAGAACUAUCGCCAUAGAGACUGGCGUUCAGAACAUUGGCAUUGCCUUCAUCAUGGUAAUGUUCUCCUUCUCGCCGCCCGAUAAUGUCUUGGCGGGAAUAGCUCCUGUGACGUCAUCGAUGAUGACGUCAAUACCCUUGUUGAUAACCGCUGCCAUUUACCACCUCUAUCUACGGUUUUAUGCCAAGAGAAAGUCAGCAUCAGAUGCUCACAGCGUCCAUUUUCUAAAAGAGGACAGCUUGGAGCCAUCCAAAACUGCUUCAAAGGAACUUGAAGUCGUUUGGGAUAAGACUGUGAUGGGAUAAUAAUGAUCGAGCUAUACUAAUAUAUAUAUUGUGUAUACACUGUUUAAAAAUCUCCAGGAUCAAGUAGUUACCUUAAACUUAAGUCUUAACCUGUGAUAUUAUACCGCUACUUAGAUGUAAACUUACACGCUAAUUAUACAAGUUAUACAAGUGUCAUCAAUGUUGAAGUCAACUUUCAAGUUAUGAAGCAAAAGUUUGUAUGGUAAAGUAAACUGUUUUGAAGUUACAGCUAAGCCUGGCUUUAGUCUUUUAAAGACAGUUCGGUGAGCCUGGGUCCAGAAUCUAACGUGAAUGAAAAUUAUGAGCAAAUUUUACUUACAUCAUAUUGUAGUAUAUUUAUGAUUAUACCUCCAUGUGUCACUCAUCAUCAGUUUUGGAUUAUACUUAAAUGUUGUAGCUUGCCAAUUUUGCGCAUGACAUAGGAACACCAUUUUGAGGAAAUAAAAGCUGUAAGAGACUUGUAUGUAUAUAUGUAAAAGUUAAUAACUUUGAUUAUAAUAAGGAGUCUUCAGUUUAAUUAUAUUGGAUUGUUUGAUUGUUGUUCCCAUGGGCGGAAAGGAUUUGUCUCUGAACUUUUCAAUUUUAAAAUCGUUUAAGACAACUAUGCAAUGAUGAUAUAUUCUUAAUCUGUUUUUAUUAUCUUGAUAGUGUCUAGUAAUGACUCAUCGCACUGAACAUGCAAUAACGGACUGGCUAUUUUUGAAGUAGUUCAUUCUCUGUGUGGCUUGACACAAAUGUCAAACAUUCCUUGUAAUUGUUUCAGAGAGAUGAAGAUAAAAUAUAUUUUUUGCACUAAUAA